AUGGCAACAAAUGGUAAUAACGAGACCCCACAGAAGCCAACCGGAUGUGUUGCUUCGAGCUGUACGAAUUGCGACCGUCCGGAUAGUGCGGAUAAUUUUGUGCAGUGUGACAAAUGCGACGCGUGGUGGCAUAUGUCGUGCGCUGGUGUAUCGGAGUUGGUUGAAGGUCGUCCGUGGUCGUGUCGUAAAUGCACCCCAGAUAAUGUAAGCAUCCGUACGGUACGGCUUGAAGCGAAACGAGCCUUGGAAAAACAAAUGUUGGAAGCGGAAAAACGACAUCUGUCACAAAUGUUCCAACUUAGAAAGGCCCAACUGGAAUGUGAGGAAGAACACACGGACCGCAGCCGGAUAAGCAAGCGGCAGAGUAUCGACCAGGUGCGUCAGUGGAUGGAAGAAUGCGCUGAACAAGCAGAAGGUGCCGUUAGAUUCUCGACCAAUCUAGAAACAGCCUCGCUGUCAAUGCCAAACAUCCCAGUUCGAGGGGAACACGAAAGACAGUUGCUAGCCCGGUAG